AAGAAAUGAGAUUGAAUACAAAGACGCGGCCUGCAGACCUCCGGGAAACAUCGGAAGAAAAAUACGAAUAGUCAGUCAAGUCGUAUCUGUUGUCAUCGCCAUACAAAGCGCACUACAGAAUUUCCUAAACGCUUCUAUUCAACGAUUUCUCGACUUGCUUUCUACGGAAAAGGUUUGUGAAAGAUGAGCGACAAUUUGAUGGAUAAAGUCAGCUCUUUGGGAGAGCGAUUGAAGAUCGGAGGGUCAGAGGUGGGGCAAAAAAUUACUGCUGGAAUGAGCUCCAUGAGCUUUAAGAUGAAGGAGUUUUUCCAAGGCCCUAACCAGGCGGAUAAGCUCGUUGAGGAGGCGACGGCGGAGACUUUGGAUGAGCCCAAUUGGGCAACGAAUCUUGAACUCUGUGACAUGAUUAAUCAUGAUAGGGUCAAUAGUGUUGAACUCAUACGGGGCAUAAAGAAGCGGAUCCAGUUGAAGAGCCCCAGGAUUCAAUACUUGGCCUUGGCGUUGCUUGAAACCAUUGCAAAGAAUUGUGAGAAGGCAUUCUCGGAAAUCGCAUCUGAGAGGGUGCUUGACGAGAUGGUGAAGUUGAUUGAUGAUCCUCAAACUGUUGUGAACAAUCGGAACAAGGCUCUCAUGAUGAUUGAAUCUUGGGGUGAAUCAUCAAAUGAGCUUCGCUAUUUGCCUGUUUAUGAAGAGACUUACAAGAGUUUGAGAUCAAGAGGUGUACGCUUCCCUGGUCGUGAUAAUGAGAGCCUAGCCCCCAUCUUCACUCCUCCAAGAUCUGUAGCAGCUUCAGAAUUAAAUGCCACCCUUGCACAACAAAUGCAUAAUGAUGUUCCACCUCCUCCGACCUUGUCAGCUGAACAAACCAAGGAGGCAUUUGAUGUGGCAAGAAAUAGUAUAGAGCUUCUUACCACUGUUUUAUCCUCUUCACCUCAACAAGAUGCUUUAGAGGAUGACUUGACAACUACGCUUGUACAACAGUGCCGCCAGUCCCAAAAUACUGUUCAGAGAAUCAUUGAGACUGCUGGAGAUAAUGAGGCCCUCCUUUUUGAAGCUUUGAAUGUGAAUGAUGAGAUCCUGAAAGCCCUCUCAAAGUAUGAAGACAUCAUAAAACCUGCAGUAGUUCCAUCAGCACCGGAACCUGCUAUGAUACCCGUUGCUGUUGAGCCUGAUGAGUCCUCCUACGUGGGAAAGGAAGAUGCUUUGGUCCGAAAGCCUGCAGGCUCCCGUCCUGGCGCUCACAAUGGACCCAAUGAUGAAAUGAUGGACGAUCUUGAUGAGAUGAUCUUUGGUAAAAAAGUGGGUGGUUCAUCUGAAUCAGGGCAUGAUCAAAAGAAGCAGCAACCACCAAAGGAUGAUCUCAUUUCCUUUUAAGUUUCCUCAACAGCGCUGGAUUAUAUUUGAAAACCUGUCUUUGCUGGUGUUAAUACGAUUCGCUUUUAGAUGGUAUUGGCAGUUCUUUCAAUCAUUAUGUCUUUCUAAAGGAACACGACAAUUUGCCAUUCUCUUUUCACUAACAUUUGAACUACUGCUAUUUCGACUUCUUAUGUUUGAUGAACUUGGGUUCAAUUGCUUGAAUGAUACAGGAUGAUAUGUAUUUGGUAUAUACAAGGCU